AUGAAGAAAUUCACGAAACUCUUUUCAAACGACCCGCUUGACAUUAGCGGCGAUGAAUCUUCGGGCCGCAAAACCCUUGAAAAAGCACUGCACCACCUGCUCGGGCACGGGCACAAAGAGUCCACAACGAGGCAAACGGAAGCACACAAUACAUCUGCUGCAGAAAUGAACAUCACUGGCAUCCCGCCUACCCACCAGUUGGCACCCUCAGAUGAUGCAGCAGCGCUGACACAAGUCAAACGCGAGCAUCUAUGGGAUGAAGCGUAUGACAAUCUGAGACUGGUUCAUCCGGAGUUAGUUGGGCUAUACGAGGAGAUCUUGUCCCUGGAAAUUGAGGCCAUGGCCACUGAGCCUUCCAUGGGGAGAAUAUCGAGAACGGAGCAUAUGAAGACUUCCAUUUCCCAAAGUGAUAUAAAGGAUAGAUGGCAUCAGAUGUGUCACCUAUUAAACUGGUGGCUUGAUAACCGGAAUCGAGGCUGGAGCAGUCGCCAAGGCAACCAGCUUCGAGAUUUAUUAAGAGACCAUGUACGAAGGUCAACGGGCGGCAAGUCGCCUUGUGCGCUGGUUUGGGUAUGCGUGUGUUACGCUUCGCGGGUACUACUGCAUCCCUCGUCGAAAACGGAAGCUGUCUGCACCGGGCUUUUGGAUAUUAUCGCCAAGAUGAAUUGGUAUAAUUGUCUGCCGAGAAUCAUCGUCAGUGGCGAUACUGGUGAACUCCUAGAAGGAGAGCAGGUUCUACGAGAGCGAGUUGUUGAUUUGUACAGUGAGAUUUUGUCGUAUUUGAUGAAUGCUGCCUUGCCAGCUGGCUGUCAGUUCGACGCUUGGGAUUCGAAUUCGGCACGAUUGAAAGUGGCAGAGGACCAUCUUUCGACUUUUAGUGGGAGCUUGGUCGUUCAGCAACUUGACGAGUUUCUGAAGCUUGAGAGAGAAAAAGAAAAUCGCCAACUCUCACCCAGAAACCAGGAAACAAUGAGUUUAACAAGCGAGAUCGGCCAGAAACUAGCCCGCCUAGGCAGAAUCAGCGCAGAGUCAAGCGUAAUCGAAGCGCGAAACGAAAACGGACUUUUAGCCCAUGAGCUUUGUCAAUGGAUCUGCUCAACGGAACAAUACAAGAGCGUUGUUAAUUGGAACACGAAAGGCAUCGAGAAGAACGACUCCGGACAGAACGAUACAGGAAGUAUCACGAGCCAUGUCCUUCUGAUCAGCGGUGGCCAGGGAGUCAAUAAAACGGCUCUCAUGGAGGCAAUCGUCCGACGUCUCUCUAAUGAGAUAAACCUGGAAAAAACUGAUGUGAGCAAAGGCGGCUCAAAAGCAAUAUACAAGGGUUUAUCUUAUUACUCAUGUGGCCGUACUAGCCAUGGAACGGACAGCUCUGCUAGUGUGUUGAGAAGCCUCAUACAUUCGCUACUUCAACAACAGCCAAAGUUGAUCUCCCACUUGGACAAUGCUCUAAGCCGGACGGAAAGAAACGGGUUUGACAGCCCUAAAGACUUCUUUGCGUUAUCAGCAAUAUUUUUUAAUAUGCUGGAUGACCAAGCUUUUGUUCGAUCAUAUAUAGUGAUAGAUGGCAUCAACCAAUGUUCAUCUAGCCAUGGAAGAGACAGUGGCGAAGAUCUUGGCGACUUGAUGCGGUUAAUCGAGGCGACAGCAGAUGUUCCGCAUAAAAUCAAGUGGCUUUUGUCCACAGAUAUGGAUGCUCAUGCCGAAUUUGAGUUGAUCCGAGAAGGACAUUAUCAAUGCAUCAAUCUAGGGGGGACUACCUGGACACCUGGGCUCGCGGGAAUCUUUCGCCGAAACCUCGUUUCCAUAGUUGGCCAGCUGGCCAAACAAAGAAGAUAUCCAGAGCAGAUCAAAGAAGAGUUUUUAAGACUUAUCGGCAUAAGAUCACGAGGCAAUGCUCUAUGGAUAUUUGUUGCUUGCUCCCUUCUUCGAAAAGAAGAGAGCUGGUACGCGGUUGAAGCCCUCAAAGAGAUGCCUGAGAGACUGGAUGAGUUGUACGACUACGCGAGAGCCAAUUUGAGAAAGCUUCCUCGUCAAGAUCCCAUAUUCUGUGAAUCAGUGCUUUCGACCGUGGCCAUUGUGCACCGCCCCCUUCUGGUGUCGGAAUUGGUACUACUUGCAGAUCUACCGCCAGAAGUUGAUCCAUUGGCAAUAAUCGAAAAGUGCUCACUCCUAGAAGUACACUCAGGCAUUGUCAAGUUCGUUGACCCAACAGCCCGACAUAACACAUGGGAAGAACUACAUCAGGACUUGGCCAGAUUUUCAGACGCGCAUUCUAUCAUCACGCGGAGAGCCCUAAGAUUUCUAUCAGCACACUUCGAAACGGCCACUUUGAGGGUAACCGGAAUCAACUCUGGUCAGGACCAGAACAAAGAGGAGAGUUUCGUCAACGCAUAUGGGACUACUCAUUGGAUAAUGCAUCUUCUCGAUGUAAAAGACAUUGCCAAAGAUAUAGAGACAACAAGCCUGGUGGUUUCCUUCAUACAGAAUCAUUUCUUGCUCUGGUUAGACGGAAUCAUCUCCAAUGGUCUUCAAGCCGAUACCCUCAUGUUCAUGAAGAAACUUGAGAGUGUUCCACUUGAACAAGCGAGAGAGGAGAAGAAAGAACCACUGAAGACACAGGAUUUCAAACAACCACAAAGUGAGAUUCCAGAGCAAUUAGCAGAGAACGAACAAGGUCACAUUCUUUCUUUGGUUCAAGGUUGCGUCCAGGCCAUCCGUUCCCAUAUGUCUAGCGACAGCAUUUUCAGCACAAAUCCCAACAGUGUCAUAUUUUACCCAGAAGAGAGCGCUUUAAGACAAGACUGGGUGGCCAAGAACAAAUCUUGGCUAAUUAUGCCGCCAAAAAUGGCACAAAGCUGGGGCGAUAGCUCCCUCACUUUAGCCGGGCAGAGUCGUAUUCGAAGCAUCGCAUUCUCUCCAGAUGGGAAGCUUUUAGUAUCAGGAUCUGAUAGCGAGGCUAUACGCGUGUGGGAUGCUGAAACGGGAGAGGCACAGAUAACUCUCAACCGCUCUGGAGAUUGCGGAUAUUACGUUACCUUUUCUUCCAAUGGCGAACUAGUCUGUGUUUCUGAUAAAGGUAUCAUUUACCUAUAUCAACUAAAGACAGGACGCGGUUUCAAGACCUUGACCGUCUAUGGACGUAAGGUAACGGCUAUUCGGUUUUCACCAAACGGUGGACGGAACGAACGGCUGGUCUUAGGCACAUUAACCGCACUUUUACUCGUGGAUGUCUCCGAUCUCGGUAAGCGGGAGUGUAAAUGUACGCAUAAGGUUCUCGAAGAAGGAGAUCCUGUCUACGCUGUGGACUUUUCCCGGCAGGGAACGUGGAUAGCCUCUGGAGGCAAAGGGGGAGACAUCAAGAUCUGGGAUGCGCGACAUGACAAUGCAAUACAGAGAACACUACAAGGCCAUGAAGGAGAUGUCAAAUCCGUUACAUUUUCGAGGGACGAAAAACGCCUUGUCUCAGGCUCUGACGAUUUGACAGUCAAAAUCUGGAGCGUGGAAACUGGAGCAAAUCUCAAGUCUUUCGGCUGUGAGCAUAUCAUCUGCGAAGUGACAUUUUCGUCAGAUGACUCUGUUAUUGCAGCAGCAUCCGGCAAUCAGAUCAAGGUCUGGGAGAGUGAGUCAGGAGCCCAGAGACAUGUGAUGAUAGGACAUGAAAAACCUGUGACUGCAGUUGCCUUCUCGUCGCAAGGGCGCCUUGCAUCAGGAUCUGACGACAUGACUCUCCGGCUCUGGAGUCCAGAAGGCAGCGUGAGCAAUGACAGAAGUACCCUAAGUGAGCUCGGCAACGAAAAGCCCAUCAACUUUAUAGCCAUGUCUCCCGACGGUAAAUAUCUGGCAUCAAGUUCCAGGGACAACAUUCACCUCUGGGAUGGAACGACUGUCUCGUCUUCGCGAGAUGGAACCGUGGGGGUUUGGGAUGUAGCCACUGGAACAAAAUGUCGCACAUUUAAAGCUCACACCCAUUGGGUUAUUACGGUCGCUUUCUCUCCAGAUGGAAGGCUUCUUGCCUCAGGGGGGCUGGAUUCAAAAAUAAUAAUAUGGGAUCGCAAAUCUCUAGAAAGAAAGGGCGAAAUGACUGAUCACUCAGAUGGCGUCAUAAAUAUCAUUUUCUCGCAGGACUCUUCCCGAAUUGUGUCGCGGUCAAAAGACUUCACCUUCUGUGUCUGGGAUUCAAACACUGGGGCUCUCAUCCAAGGUCCCAUGAAGGCUCUCAACCCAAAUCGUUACAUUGGAUUCGAUCUUCGGAUACCGGAAUAUUUCCUGACUGAGUAUGAAGUCGACUUGUCGACCUUGAACCCUUCGCCCUUCCCCGUCCAAGAAGGCCAAAAAGUUGCACGGUAUGGAGUAGGGCCACGUGGUGACUGGAUUACAUGGAAUGGCAAGAAUAUCAUCCCUAUACCAAAGGCGUAUAAACCUACGGCGUCGUGGGUGCAAGGCAACAUCGUGGCUAUCGGAACCCGGUUGGGCGAGAUGUUGUUGUUUCGGUUUUCCACAGAGGUAGAACCGCCAAACUAA